GUGGUCGGAACCGCCAUCCUGCUCCUGAUGGUGUCGGCGAUCACCGACGGGAGGAACAUGGAGGUGAGCAAGGGGAUGGUGCCGCUGUACGUGGGGGCGACGGUGGCGGGGGUCGGGAUGGCGUACGGGUGGAACUGCAAUUACUCCAUCAACCCGGCCAAGGACAUGGGGCCGAGGCUCUUCACGGCGGUGGCCGGGUGGGGCACGGGGGUCUUCGAACACGGGGCCGGGGACCUGCAGAACUUCUGGUGGAUCCCGUUGUUGGCCCCCCACGUCGGCGGGGUCCUCGGGGCCUCGCUCUACAUGCUCUUCGUCGGACUGCACUGGCCCGACGACCGAUACGACGUCACCGCAGACGGAGACCCGAGCAAGAUUCCGUGGGAGAGGCCUUCGUGAAGGACCAAAGGACCACGGAGGAACGUGACCGGAGGAAGCUGGCUCUCAUAUGUCACGUGAUUGUCUUCAUAGUGUCUAUCGAAUAUUUUUGUAAAGAGAUUUUGGAGAAACCGAAAAAUGCAAGUCGUUGCGCAAGGGUGGCUGCCGGG